UUGCCUGAUCGGAAAAUCUAAAGGAUGAGACAAUAAUCUCGAUAUGGCUGGCUUUCCUGGACACCAGGAAUGGAGCCAAGGUCUUAAAUCCUGCCUUCUUCCCUAGAACGCUCCUGUCGGGGCGGGAGACAUCUCCCUCUCGGAAGCUCUGAGCUGGCAUAUCUGGAGGUAGCUGCUCCGGCCUACGAGCCGGCGGUCGCACGCAGCUCCUAUGAGGUCCCUGCCGCCGGCCGGCGAUGUCCGCCUGGAGCUUUCGCCUUCGCCGCCGGUACCGCUACCUACUCUGAACGGAUCUUCGGCCGACUCGUCCGUGCGUCUCAUGGCCGCUAGCAGAUCCCUGGUGCCUGAUCGGCUGCGCCUGCCGCUCUGCUUUUUGGGUGUCUUUGUCUGCUAUUUCUACUAUGGGAUCCUGCAGGAGAAGAUCACAAGAGGAAAGUAUGGAGAAGGACCCAAACAGGAGACGUUCACCUUCGCCUUAACUUUGGUUUUCAUCCAGUGUGUGAUCAAUGCUAUGUUUGCCAAGAUCUUGAUCCAGUUUUUUGACACUGCCAGGGUGGAUCGCACUCGGACCUGGCUCUAUGCUGCCUGCUCUGUCUCCUAUGUGGGUGCCAUGGUCUCCAGCAACUCAGCCCUGCAGUUUGUCAACUACCCAACUCAGGUCCUCGGUAAAUCCUGCAAGCCAAUCCCAGUUAUGCUCCUUGGAGUGACCCUCUUAAAGAAGAAGUACCCACUGGCCAAGUACCUGUGUGUACUGCUCAUCGUGGCCGGAGUGGCCCUCUUCAUGUAUAAGCCCAAGAAGGUGGUUGGGAUAGAGGAGCACACCGUCGGCUUUGGAGAGCUCCUUCUGCUCUUGUCUCUGACCCUGGAUGGACUGACAGGUGUUUCCCAGGACCAUAUGCGGGCUCAUUACCAAACAGGUUCCAACCACAUGAUGUUGAACAUCAACCUUUGGUCCACAUUCUUACUCGGUGCUGGGAUCCUGUUUACUGGGGAGCUCUGGGAGUUCUUGAGCUUCGCCGAGAGGUACCCGACCAUCAUCUAUAACAUCCUGCUCUUCGGCCUGACCAGCGCCUUGGGUCAGAGCUUUAUCUUCAUGACAGUCGUGUACUUCGGGCCGCUGACCUGCUCCAUCAUCACCACAACACGGAAGUUCUUCACCAUCUUGGCUUCUGUGAUCCUCUUCGCCAACCCCAUCAGCUCCAUGCAGUGGGUGGGCACCGUGCUGGUUUUCCUGGGUCUCGGUCUUGAUGCCAAGUUUGGGAAAGGAACAAAGAAGACCUCCCACUAGGAAGAGAGAGGCUUCCUCCACUCCAGAAAACUUAAAUUAUUAUCUCCAGCAGUGACAUCUUGGAAAAAUGGACUCAGUCAUGAUAAGGGACUGGGUUCCAGUCUUUUUAUAUAAAAAAUAAUAAUCAAAGGAAGCAAGAUGGAAAAUUCUAAACAAAGCACUUAGGGUUUAACAAGACGUGUUCCUGAUGUCUGGUUUUGCACAGACCAGCACAAAUAAAGAGAAGGAAGGCAAGCCAGAA